AGUUCAAGAUGAUCCUUCUUUGAUUUCCGCUUCCCAUUGCAGUAGCCAGUCAGAUCAAGUCGCAGAAAUUGAGACUGCAUCCAAUAAAGUCAAAACUCAAACGCUUCUCAAGUCAGAUCUUAGCGAACGAUCACACGUAACAUUUCCUUUCCACCUUCAGGAUGCCAAACUACUGCAAAAUGGUCUGACAUUUGGCAGUUUUGAUUCCAAUUUUGUGAACGAGGCAUCUUCUAACAAUGGUGCCAGUGGCCGGGAUGACUCAAAUUUUGAGUCGUCUCAUGGGACAGGGGAUGAUGAGAGGGAACCUUCUCCCACUACCAAUGGUAUCCCUGGGGUUGCUUCUGCCAGAGAAGAAGCAUCAACUUUUUCUGAAGAUAAGGAUCAUGGAAUCUCAAAUUUGGCACCUGGAGCUGACAUUGUCCAACCUGUAGAAGAAGUACUGAAGGAGGAAGCUUUUUCAAACACAGAAACUCAUCAAAUUGCUUAUGGUCAAGAAGCUCCACUCAGUAUGUUUGGUUUUUUCCCCUCUAUAUCAGCAUUAGGCCAACCUGUAAACACAGAAGCAGCAGAGACUCAGCCUGGAGCGCCAGCUAUUCCAUUAGUAUCAUAUCCUCCAGAUCAGGGCUCCAUAGCAGCAGCAGCCUCUCAACAGGCAAAUCUUUAUAGGCAGCAAUACCCUCCCAAUUUCUUCCCUUACAGUCCCUAUUACUCACAGUUUUAUAUACCACCGCCGUACAUUCACCAGUUUGUGAACCCAAACGGGAUCCCUCAGCAGUCUUAUUUUCCACCAGGAGCUGCUCUCACAGCACCUUCUCAUGUCGGCAACACCGAAAACCCUUCCCCCACAAAUCCAUCCCUACAAGCUUCUUCCACUGUUGCUACUCACAUCCCAUCUGCAACCGCCUUAAAUUCUAUCCAUAGUGAAGAAAAUGCAUCACGCCUGACUGAAAGUGCAGCUGCAUGGAUUGGACAGGGAUUUGGCAACCUGCAGGUGAAUCCAAUGUACAACUUAGCAUUCCAAGGUCCGCCACUCGGUUUUCCAGUUAUGCAGGGUGGUCAUGGUGGCCUCAUGGGAAUACACCAACCAACACUGCCCAUGACCGCUGCUUCAAUUACAUAUCAGACUUUACCGCCAGGGCCACACACCACAACGGCUAUGGCUGAACCCAUAGGACACGGGCACAUCGCUUAUCAGCAACAUCAAGCUGCCCCAACGAAUUAAGUCAACAAAUAUUAGCUCAAGGGGGUACAGAGUUACACAUCAAACGCUUAAUAGAGAUGUUAAAGUCUGGAUUUUUGGGUGUAAAUACUUAGGAACCAUCAUCCCCAUAGAAUUAGGUUGACAAUUACAAGAAGGAUGAAGAUGUGCAUCAUAGUAGCAAACCUUUUGCCACAUUUUUUUGUUGUGAAACCAUACAGAAAAAUACAUAAAAGAAUGUAUUGGAUGAUCCCUAUGGAAUAAUU